AUGUCUUCCGGCUAUUGGGGAGCUGUGAACGCAAGCUGUGCCAGACAAUUCUUGUGUAUAGAACGUGUACCGCUUCUCUGCAAUGACGGACACCCAACAUCGUCGUGGGAAGCCAUACAAGAUGGCAAUGUCUUCUACAAACGGCACCAGCUCUACUCAAUACCCGGCAAGCUGCCCGACCUGGGCAACUUCAUCGUCGCAGGAUGUCGAUACGGUGGCCCAAUAGCUCUCAUGAGAGACACCACGAAGAUGGUCGCCCUCGGUCUCGCCACGACGUCUUUCGCGAAGGCGCAGAUUCACGUCUACUCCUCCGCCGGCGAGGGCCUGCUCAUAUUCAGUUGGGAUCAAGGCAAGAUUGUCCGGUUCGGGUGGACGCACGACGAGCGACUGGCCGUCCUGAAUGACGAGGGUGUAUACCGUCUGUACGACCUUCAGGGCGACUAUCAGCAGCACUCGCUGGGCAAUGAAGCAGCGGAGAUGGGCAUCAUCGACGCGCGCAUACACGAGGGCGGGCUGGUGGCAUUGACGGGGUCGCUGACGUUACUGGAGGCGAAGGGGUGGGACGGUGGCAAACCGCUAACACUAGCGAAUCCAGGUCUCACCCAGCCACCACACUCCUGGGCGGUCGUCCCGCCCGACCUCACCAUCUCACGGCACGUCGAGGUGCUCCUUUCCGUCGACUCCUCCAUCUACAGCGUCGACAACCUCGAGUCGCUCGACCAGCAUCUCUCCCGGGGGCCGUUCACGUUCCUUGCGCCCUCGCCGAACGGCAAGUCCCUCGCGCUCCUUACCUACUCGGGUCUCCUCUGGGUCGUCUCGGCCGACUUCCAGCGAAGCCUCGCGGAAUUCAACACGACGGACGUCGCGGGCGCGGUAGGCGACGUGAGCCAGGUUGAGUGGUGCGGGAAUGAUGCGGUGCUGGUGACGUGGGACGGUCUCGCAGUGUUGGUAGGGCCGUUUGGCGAUACGCUGCAGUACUUCUACUCAGGACCGACGUUUGCCAUCACGGAAGUGGACGGUAUUCGUGUCAUUGGUCCCGACAGCUGCGACUUCGUCCAGAAAGUAUCGCCAUCAUCCGUCUCUGUGUUUAGACCAGGUUCUACGUCGCCAUCAGCGAUCCUAUAUGACGCCUGGGAAAACUUCAUGCGGAAGUCGCCCAAGGCCGACGAAAGUAUCCGGAACAUUCGCCCCGAGCUCGGCGCUGCCGUUAACGAAUGCAUCGAUGCGGCAGGACGGGAGUGGGAGCCAGCCUGGCAGCGGCGUCUCCUGAAUGCGGCGAAGUUCGGACGGGCGUUCCUCGACUUGUACGACCCGACGGAUUUCGUACAGAUGGGACGAGCGCUCAAGGUUCUGAAUGCCGUACGCUUCUACGAGAUCGGCAUACCCAUCUCGUACGCCCAAUACACCCAGCUCUCACCUGCACACCUCAUCGACCGGCUCACCGCGCGCAGCCUGCACCUCCUCGCGCUCCGCGUAUCUUCCUACCUCUCGCUUAAGCCUGAUGCCGUUCUCAAGCACUGGGCGUGCGCGAAGAUCGUGCGCUCGAAACCGACUGCGACGGGAAGCGGUAGAGACGCGGAGCUCGACGGGGAUGAUGCGGUCUGUCGGAGCAUCGUCGAGAAGUUCGAGAGCUUGGGCCGGGGCGACGUGAGCUAUGCGGAUAUUGCGAAGCGCGCGUGGGAGGUCGGGAGGGCGACGCUGGCGACGAAGCUUUUGGACCAUGAACCGAGGGCUUCGGACCAGGUGCCGCUCCUUCUGAGCAUGAAGGAGGACAGACUUGCACUUACGAAGGCGGUCGAGAGCGGAGACACCGACCUCGUAUACCAUGUCCUCCUCUACCUCCAGCGCCGGCUACCCCUCGGCUCAUUCUUCCGACUGAUCGAAGAAGGCGGGUCGAAGCUCGCUCCAGCAAGCCGACUCCUCCAGGUAUACGCGAGAGAGCAGAACAGGGAGAUGCUGAGGGACUUCUAUUACUCGGACGAUCGACGCGUGGAGAGCGCCGUUCUCUGUUUGGAGGAAGCUGCGACAAUGCAGGACCCGAACUCGAAGAUCAGCUCGGUGAAGGCUGCACAGAAGUUCUUCUCCGAGGACAAGGAGCGAGGGUUCGAAGCUAAGAUGACAGACGAGUACGCGCGAUUACUGACUGCUCAGCAACAACUCGAGAAAGAGGCAGACGGGAAGAUCGCAUUCUUCGGGCAGAGCGUGAACGACACCAUCCGAACCUGCCUCCUCAACGGCAUGGCGAAGCGCGCAGACAAGCUCAAGGCGGACUUCAAACUUCACGCGCUCACCGUAACUCGGGACUUUGACGGCCUCGACGCGUUCGCGCGCUCGAAACGGUCGCCGAUCGGGUACGAGCCGUUUGUGCGGCACCUCGUCGAGAAGGGUCACAAGAAAGAGGCUGCGACGUACGUGCUCCGCUGUGACGCGCACAAGCGCGUGGACCUCUACGUGCUGUGCGAUGAGUGGCGUGCGGCGGCGAAAGAGUGCAAGGAGCGUGGGGAUAAGGCAAAGUUGGAACAAUUAAGGAAGUCCUGCCCGAACUCACUUAUUGCGAGGGAACUGGAACAAGCCGUAGCAUCCAUGAAGUGA